GCAUUAUAUGGCCUAUAUAAAGGCUAUGUCAUGUUCACUAGUCAGCAGGCACUGAACUGUCACAUCUAAAUCACAUUCAACAUGGGAAAGAUUUUCUUCUACGAGGACAGAAACUUCCAAGGACGCUGCUAUGAGUGCAGCUCUGACUGUUCUGAUAUGUCAUCAUAUUUCAAUCGCUGUAACUCUAUUAGAGUGGAAAAUGGAAACUGGAUACUCUAUGAGCACCCUAAUUACAAGGGACAUCAAUAUUACCUAUGGCGCGGAGAAUAUCCUGACUUCCACCAAUGGAUGGGCUACAAUGACUCCAUUAGAUCCUGCCGCUUGACACCUCAACACCAUGGUCCAUAUAAACUUAGGAUCUAUGAAAAAGGAGAUUUCAAAGGUCAAAUGAUGGAGUUCUCUGAAGACUGUCCUCAGGUCUACGAGAGAUUCCGUUACAAUGACAUCCACUCAUGUAAUGUAUCUGAUGGUCACUGGAUGUUCUAUGAAGAGCCCAACUACAAGGGACGUCAGUAUUACCUGAGACCUGGAGAGUACAAAAGAUAUACUGACUGGGGAGCCAUGAAUUCCAAAAUUGGGUCAUUUAGACGUGUCCACCAUCUAUUCUAAAUUAAAAGACAGAUGUCUUUUUUUAAAAUGAGUAUCUAAUAAAAUCUAAAAAGUU